AUGGCUGAAGAGGGAGACAAUGAAUGCCAACAAUUGGUUAAAAGGCCAAAGAUCUCAUCCAUUGAUAUGAAGUCCACUGAAGAGGAAUGCUAUCGAAAGGACUGUUUCGACAGAUAUGGCGAUGACUUGUGUGGACUCGUAUUGUCUUACCUGUCACUCGAAGACUGUUUCCGAUUUGAAUGUCUGUCCAAACAGUGGAAGCGAUCAGUGUUUGCGAAACGACACACUCUUGUGGUCGACAAUAAACUGCUGAAGAAGUGGGGAAUAAUAGACAACUCUAAGAUUCGAGACAUCAAUAUGAAAGCAUUGCUGUCAGUGACCAACAAAUGUGCAAACAUUAGAUCCAUUCAAAUGACAAUCACUUCUAAAGCGACUGAAGUAGUCUUCAUAGUACUCAUGAGUUUAAUGAGUCAUUCAUUGAAUGCAAUUGACGUCCGAUUCAGUGAUGAAAUCGAUGUCUCAAUAGUGGACACAAUUCUCGGCGAAUAUGGCUCACUGUUCACUUCAAUAUCAUUACCACAAUCGGCUAUAAAUGUGUUUAAAUCACACAACAAGUCAUACACAAGACUUCGAUGCCUUUCUAAAACUUCUUUAGCGGAGUUCCCGUUGUCUAUACUAUUCAAUGAAACCAAUGAACUGAUUGUUAAGAACAUCGUCUCAAGUCUUAUGAUGUAG